AUGGAGGGCCCUGAUGGCACUUGGUUGCCCGGGCAGCCGCAUUAUGGCAAGCCACUUUUGACUCGUGCCGAGGCCUGUGCCCUGGCUCCACCCAGUGCGCGACUUUCCCUGUAUGCCGGUCGUGGCGGGCACGCCUUCCGGGACGACCAAGAGUCUGGCGAAGGGGACCUUCAGGACAAUGAUUCCACCCUUGCCCUGCAAGACAGCGUGGCUGAAGUCGAGGAUAGCUUUCUCAUUUGCAACCACCAUACCAUCGUCACGCUCUACACCAACGAUGACACGCGAGGACGAGACAUCCAUACGGGAUCCAUUAAACAGCGGCCGCUCUGCCACGACGGCGACAUCAUGACUCGUGAACGUGAUUUUUUCAGACUAGCCAUCGGCUACAACACGGGGGAAAUCUUGAUCUGGGAGUAUUAUCGAAACGAGCGCACCUGGCUCAACGACCGGAAAACCAUCACGGAUUUAGCGGUAGCUUCUGACUGCCAAAGCGUUGCCUGCGUUGACUUGGGUGGUCGCCUCUCGGUGUAUACCCUCAAGUUUGCCGCCGAUACCGUCGACAUCAAGCUCAGCUUUGCUGCUGACAGCUAUUAUGGUGGCUUCACUUGCUGUUGCUGGAGCUCUGAUGACAAAUACCUGGCGACGGGUAGCCAAGAUGAUUUGAUUUCAGUUUGGUCUGUGACGAGCAAGUCACUCCUCGCCCGCGGCGAGGGGCACACCGCUUACGUGGCGCGCAUCAAAUUCGAUCCCUAUGCCGCUCUGUAUGCUUUCGAGUUCCUGCUUCCCUCCACCUAUCGGCUCAUAAGCGUGGGCCAGGACGGUAAAAUUGCAUUUUGGGACUUUAGCGAAUCAGACCUCAGCGUGCCGCUUCGACCACCAUCGGCAACGGCGCCUUUGCAGCCCGCUGCACGCAAGACCACUCGUCGCUUGCGCUUGCGCCGCAAAGCCAACGUUGUAGUAACGACCAACUCCCAGAACAAUGAUAUCCUCAAGGCCCCAUCUCGCCGAGAGGUGGCCACGAUUAGACCCGUUGCGAUUCAGCAAGUCUCUUCCGAGCCUGUGACAGACGUACACGUCCAAGCGCGACGCCUUUGGGUAGUCGUUAACACGGGUCAAAUCCACCAAUGGGAGCGGCCCAAGGCAUCGCAGACGACUGCCGUUUAA